CUUCAAGAAUCCACACAUGAUGUCUGAGCAAGACACAAAUCUCCCGACCAGAAUUCCAGGUACCUUCCGACUGGUUGACGUCCAUCAUACACUCGAUGUCAAGCACGCCGGCAAUGGCGACAUCAUCCUCUUGCCAGCCCCAUCACAAGAUCCUGAGGAUCCACUCAACUGGUCUUCGCGACUAUCGACUUCUGCAGUCUAUGCAGUCACCGUACCUCUGUCCAAAGAAACGGGUCUUGCAGUAAAGACUCUGAAUGAAGGCACGGGAUAUUUGUUUUUACUUCUUGGCUGGGGCUUGCUUUUCUGGCAGCCGUUUGCUUUGAGAUAUGGCAAACGCACCACAUACCUGCUCUCCAUCUUUGGUACCAUGUGUACUGGUCUUUGGGCAUCCGAAGGCGAAUGGCUGGCUAGAUGCAUCAUACAGGGAUUCUUCGGUGCCCCUGUCGAAGGCCUUCCCGAGACUUCCGUCACAGACGUUAGAGGACUUUAUAUGUCCAUCUACUCUCUCGCGGUUGCUGGAGCCAGUUACUUUGGCCCCGUCAUCAGCGGAUUCAUCUCGCAAUAUGCUGGUUGGCGAUGGGUAUUCUACAUCCCUUCAAUCCUCCUUGCAUUCGCUUUCGUGUUAGUGUUCUUCUUCAUGGAAGAGACAAACUAUAUUCGUGAGUACACCGGCACCACAACCCCAGAAGACAUCGAGUUCGUCCCGAUGGGUGCCGUGCCGGGCCAUAGCAGCGACAAACAAGACACUAUCCAAACAGUCGUCUCCAGAACUUCAGCACGCAUUGGCAUAAUUCAAGGCCCCAAGAAACGCUACUGGCAGAAAUUAUCGCUGUGGACACCCACCCCCAGUCCCAGCAUCCUCGCCUCGGCACUUCUUAGCUUUCGACUUCUCAGUUGGCCUGUAAUUUUCUACUCUGGGUUUUCUUACGGAUCAUACCUUAUCUGGUCGCAGAUGCUCAAUGGCACCAUCUCGAUCAUUCUGACUGGGGCACCAUAUCACUUUAGCACUUCUAUGGUCGGCUUGUGUUACUUAUCCGGUUGCAUUGGAGUCGUGCUCGGCGGUGUUGUCUUUGGGAAAGUCAGUGAUUGGCUCGCAUUGAAGCUUGCGCGGCGUAAUGAUGGAAUCAUGGAGGCUGAGCAUCGGCUGUGGCCUUUCUGCGCCACGAUGGUGCUGGUCCCUGCCUCGCUGCUUCUUUGGGGCAUCGGAGCCGCUCANCGGUAUACAUUGGUUUGCUUUGAUCGUCGCAUUCGGUCUCGUGGCCUUUGCAGUCGCUUUGAGUGUUUCCAUCUCGGUCAACUACAUGGUCGACAGCUAUCACGAUAUCAGUGGCGAUGCUAUCACAUCGGUGAUGCUCGUUCGCAACACCAUGUCCUUUGCGCUCAGCUACNNGGGGUUACCCCUUGGAUCGAGAAUCUCGGCACGCAGAAAUGCUUCAUCUCUGCCGCUGCAAUUAGUCUUGUGACUUCUGCCGUCGCAUUUGUCUUCCUCAAAUUUGGAAAGAGGUUCAGAGAACGCAGCGCAAGUUCUUACUACAAUCUUGUGGAUAAGAGAGCGGUU